GGUGGGCCUAUCCAUGUGAAACAAGAACCGCUUGAUCCGGAUGAAGAUGAGCUUAUUAAUGUGAAACAAGAAAGAGAGCUGCUUAUCCCAGAUGAAGAUGGGCUUGUUCAGGUGAAACAAGAAAGAGAGACGGUAAUUGCCUAUGAUGAAGUUCCUUCAAUUGAUAUCAAAGAAGAGGAGGGACAGCACAUUUAUUGUGAUGGACUUGUUCACGUGAAAAAUGAAACAGAGAUGCUUAUCCAAGAUGAAGGUACCAAUGAUAGUAAACCAGAAGAAUCCACACCUCAUGAUUUUAAAAACAAUACAAAGAUUCAUCACACUGGUGAGAGGCCUCUUCAAUGUCAUCUCUGUAAUUAUAAAUCAGCACAACAUAUAAAUAUGAAAAAACAUAUAAUGAUACAACAUGAAGGUGAGAAGCCUUUUCUCUGUCCUCACUGUGACUUUAAAUCAUUAUAUUUUGGAAAUUUAAAAAGUCAUAUAAAAACCCGUCACACUGGUGAGAAGCCUCAUCAAUGUCCUCAAUGUGAUUAUAAAUCUGCUACUUCUAAUCAGUUGAAAAAACAUAUAAUGGUCCAUCAUACAGGAGAGAAGCCUCAUCACUGUCCUCAUUGCGACUUUAAAUCAGUUUAUAGUAAAAGUGUGAAAAAACAUAUAAUGACCCGUCACACAGAUGAGAAGCCCCACCACUGUCCUCAGUGUGACUUUAAAACUGCUUCUUAUCAUAGUUUAAAUAAACAUAUAAAGGCCCGUCACACAGAUGAGAAGCCCCAUCACUGUCCUUAUUGUGACUUUAAAACAUUUCAUAAUGGAAGUGUGAAAAGACAUGUAUUGUCCCAUCACACAGGUCAGAAGAAGCCCCAUUACUGUCCUCAUUGUGAUAUGAAAUUUGCUGCAUCUCCUCAGUUGAAAAAACAUUUAGGGGCCUAUCAUGUAGGUGAGAAGCCUUAUCACUGUUUUCACUGUGAUUAUAAAUCUAAAACUGUUAACAUGUUGAAAAUACAUUUAUCAGCCUGCCACAGCGAUGAGAAGCAUCACCAAUGUCCCAUAUGUGACUUUAAAUCGUUUUAUGCAGAUCAUUUGAAGAGGCACAUAAUGGCCCGUCACACAGGAGAGAAGCCUCAUCGCUGUUCUCAAUGUAACUUUCAAUCAGUUCAUAAAGCAAGUUUGAAAAGACAUAUGAUGGCCUAUCAUACAGGUGAGAAACCUUAUCACUGCUCUCACUGUGAUAGGAAAUUUAUUACUUCUCAGCCACUGGAAAUACAUAUAAUGACCCAACAUACAGGUGAGAAACCUUAUCAUUGUUAUCAUUGUGAUAAGAAAUUUGUUACAACAAACCAGUUGAAAAGUCAUGCAAUGUACUGUCAUUCAGUUGAGAAGCCUUAUCAUUGUUUUCACUGUGAUUAUAAGUCAGGUGUAUUUCAGCAGUUGAAAAAACAUAUAUUGAUUCGUCACUCAGGUGAGAAGCCUCAUCACUGCCCUCACUGUGAUUACAAAUCUGCUACUUCUAAUAAUUUGAAAACACAUAUAAUAGUUCAUCACACAGGAGAAAAGCCUCACCACUGUCUUCAGUGUAGCUAUAAAUCAGUUAAACUUCACUCUUUGAAACUGCAUAUAUUAGCCUGCCACAGCGAUGAGAAGCCUCACCAGUGUCCCCACUGUCACUUUAAAUCUGCAACUUCUCAAAAUUUGAAAAGACAUAUAAUGGCCUCUCACACAGGUGAGAGGCCUCAUCACUGUCCUUAUUGCGACUUUAAAACAGUCCAUAAGGGAAGUGUGAAAAGACAUAUAUUGUCCCAUCACACAGGUCAGAAGAAACGUCAUUACUGUCCUCAUUGUGAUAUGAAAUUUGUUUCAUCUCCUCAGUUGAAAAAACAUUUAGGGGCCUAUCAUACAGGGGAGAAGCUUUAUCACUGUUUCCACUGUGAUUAUAAAUCUGUUACAUUUCAACAGUUAAAAAGACACAUAAUGACACAUGAGAUAGUGGGAUAAAAUCCUAAAAUGGGACACUAAUUGUGAUGUUUUGUGUAUUGUAUUUUAUUGAAAAAUUUGAUUUCCUUUUGAAGACAGAUAAGAGAUGACCAUUGGUUUUAUAAGAAAUGAUUGAUUAUUUUAAAAAUGAUUCUCAUGAUGAAAUUCAGUCGUGAACUUGAUGUCAUGGAGAGAAUAAAUGAGAUUGAAAUAAGCUUAUCAUUUAUUCUAAAUCAUAGUUCUAAGCAGAAUAAUCCCAAGGAAAUCGCAGUGCAGAAUACUUAUCGUGUCCUGUAUAUGCAUGUUUUUUUUUCAUAAACAAUAAUACUCUAACACAAUAAAGGGAUUGGAAUAAUUGUACUUUUAGAGUUAUAACUAUAAGAAUUUUCAGAUAAAAAUGUUAAAU